CUGUAAAACAUUUGUUCUCUCAAAGUUGAGAUUUCCUCUGUCAACUCCACAGUGCCAAUUCCCGAAACAGAUUUUUCCUGGCUAGUAGUGGAAAUAUAAACUGUCAUUUACAAAUCAUAUUAGUGGAAAUAUAGGCUACUAAGAUAUACACCAUGAAUGUCAGUGGUGUGCGUUUGUUGUUUUGCCUUCUCCUCCUCUGGCAAUCCACAUUCCAACAGACCUCAUCUAAGAAAAAGGGCGCAAAGAAAGGUACGACACAUUUUAUCUCUAUGUGGAGAGAAUAAUAUCUGAGUCAAUGUUAGUUCAUCAUUUACUUUGGGUAGAUAAGAGGUUGAGCACAAUACUGCUCAACCAUGAACCAUCGUCCUUGGUACAGUAUUAGUUGUAAAACUUUGUUGAUUCUACUCCAAUUUCUUCAACAUAGAUGCUGAAAAUAAUGCUGCCAUUGAGGAGCUGAAGAAACAGAUUGAUAACAUAGUGCUGGAGUUGAAUCUAUUGAAAGAGCAGCAAGCCUUGCAAUCAGGUAAGGGAUAUGUUACUGUUGAUAUCGAAAAUGGAGUACUCUAAUCUCAGUGAAGCAACAGGGAAUGUAUUGCAUUGGUCAAUUUAAGUUGUUUAGUCUGGAUUCAAUUUGGGGUGUUGCCUUAACAUUAAUAUUUAAAGUACUAACAGAAAUAUAUGUUAUGUUCAAACAGUAGUCCUAGAUUAUAAAGUAUGCCCAUAAAGCAUGUAUGUAUGUAUUGAUAUGUACAGUGCCUUCAGAAAGUAUUCAUACCCCUUGACUUGUUCCACAUUUUGUUGUGUUACAGCCUGAAUUCAAAAUUUAUUAAAUAUAUGUUUUUUUCUCACCCAUCUACACACAAUACCCCAUAAUGACAAUGUGAAAACAUGUUUUUAGAGAUUUUUUCACAUUUAUUGAAAAUGAAAUACAGACAUAUCUAAUUUACAUCAGUAUUCAUACCCCUGAGUAAAUACAUGUUAGAAUCACAUUUGGCAGUGAUUACAGCUGUGAGUCUUUCUGGGUAAGUCUCUAAAAGCUUUCCACACCUGGACUGUACAAUAUUUGCCCAUUAUUCUUUUCUAAAUUCUUCAAGCUCUGUGAAAUUGGUAGUUGAUCAUUGCUAGACAACCAUUUUCAAGUCUUGCCAUAGAUUUUCAAACAGAUUUACUGUAAGUCAAAACUGUAAUUCACCCACUCACGAACAUUCACUGUCUUCUUGGUAAACAACUCCAGUGUAGAUUUGGCCUUGUGUUUAAGGUUAUUGUCCUGCUGAAAGUUGAAUUAAUCUCCCAGUGUCUGAUGGAAAGCAGAGUGAACCAGGCUUUCCUCUAGGAUUCUGCCUGUCCUUAGCUCCAUUCUGUUUUUUUAUGUCCUGAAAAACUCCCCAGACCUUAACGAUUACAAGCAUACCCAUAAAAUGAUGCAGCCACCACUAUGCUUGAAAAUAUGGAGGGUGGUACUCAGUAAUGUGUUGUAUUGGAUUUGCCCCAAACAUAACACUUUGUAUUCAGGACAAAAAGUUAAUUGCUUUGCCACAUUUUUUGCAGUAAUACUUUAGUGUCUUGUUGCAAACAUGAUGCAUGUUUUGGAAUAUUUUUAUUCUGUACAAGCUUCCUUCUUUUCGCUCUGUCAUUAAAGUUAGUAUUGUGGAGUAGCUACCAUGUUGUUGAUCCAUCCUCAGUUUUCUCCUAUCGCAGCCAUUACACUCUGUAACUGUUUUAAAGUCACUAUUGGCAUCCCUGAGUGGUUUCCUCCUCUCCUGCAACUGAGUUAGGAAGGACGCCUGUAUCUUUGUAGUGACUGUUGUAUUGACACACCAUCCAAAGUGUAAUUAAUAACUUCACCAUGCUCAAAGGGAUAUUCACUGUAUGCUUUUAAAAUGUUUACCCAUUUACCAAUAGGUGCCCUUCUUUGCAAAGCAUUGGAAAACCUCCCUGGUCUUGUGGUUGAAUCUGUUUGAACUUCGCUGUUUGACCGAAGUACCUUACAGAUACAGUGCCUUCAGAAAGUAUUCAUACCCCUUGACUUAUUCCACAUUUUGUUGUGUUACAGCGUGAAUUCAAGAUGGAUGAAAUAUAUGUUUUUCUCUCACCUAUCUACACACAAUACCUCAAAAUGACAAAGUGACAACAUGUUUUUAGAAAUUUUUGCAAAUAUAUUGAAAAUUAAAUACAGCAAUAUCUCAUUUACAUAAGUAUUCACACCCCUGAGUCAAUACUUUGGGGCUGUGACAGCAAUUUGGCAGCAAUUACAGCUGUGAGUCUUUCUGGGUAAAUCACUAAGAGAUUUCCACACCUGGAUUGUGCAACAUUUGCAGAUUAUUCUUUUAAAAAUUCUUCAAGCUCUGUCAAAUUGGUUGUUGAUCAUUGCUAGACAAUCAUUUUCUUGGCAUAGAUUUUCAAGCAGAUUUAAGCCAAACCUGUAACUCGCCCACUCAGGAACAUUCACUGUCUUCUUGGUAAACAACUCCAGUGUAGAUUUGGCCUUGUGUUUUAGGUUAUUGUCCUGCUGAAAGGUGAAUUCAUCUCCCAGUGUCUGGUAGAAAGCAGACUGAACCAGGUUUUCCUCUAGGAUUUUGCCUGUGCUUAGCUCCAUUCCGUUUCUGCUCGACUGAGGGACCUUACAGAUAAUUGAAUGUGUGGGGUACAGAGAUUAGGUAGUUUUUCAAAAAUCAUUUUAAACACUAUUAUUGCACACAGAGUGAACCCAUGCAACUUAUUGUAACUUGUUAAGCAUAUUUUUACUCCUGAACUUAUUUAGGCUUACCAUAACAAAGGGGUUGAAUACUUAUUGACUCAAGACAUUUCAGCUUUUCAUUUUUAAUUAAUCUGUAAAAAUAAAAUAAAAACAUAAUUCCACUUUGACAUUAUGGGGUAUUGCGUGCGUGUAAGCCAGUGACUACAAAAUCUAAAUUUAAUCAAUUUUAAAUUCAGGCUGUAAAAAAGUCAAGGGGUGUGAAUGCUUUCUGAAGGCACUGUAUGGCAGUACAAUACAUAUGAACGGAUCUGAGAGCUACAGUCUCUGCCAUUAUCUUGUAUUUUAACCCAAAGUUUUCUGUGAUGAUGUUGUGGAUAUUGAGCUGUACAAAUAAUCCAACUUUGAUAUACAUUUUCUUCCAGUUUGCCUGAAAGGCAUCAAGAUUAUUGGCAAGUGUUUCCUGGCCGAUGCUGCUAAGAAGAACUACCACACAGCCUACGAUGACUGCAUUGCUAAAGGGGGCACAAUCAGCACCCCUCUGACAGGGGAUGACAACGAUCAACUCGUCAACUACGUCCGCCGGAGCAUCGGCCCAGAGGAACACAUUUGGCUGGGCAUCAAUGACAUGGUGACUGAGGGAGAAUGGCUCGACCAGGCGGGCACCAACCUGCGCUUUAAGAACUGGGAGACUGACAUUACCAACCAACCAGACGGUGGCCGUACCCACAACUGUGCCAUUCUUUCUACCACUGCCAAUGGAAAGUGGUUCGAUGAGAGCUGUCGUGCUGAGAAGGCGUCUGUCUGCGAGUUCAACAUCGUCUGAGAGCCAACCACUUUUAUUCUGCUGUAUCAGUCUCAACAUCUACAUUAUAUGGAAAUAUAAUGCAUGCACAAUAAUCUCUGUAAUAUCUGUAUUAUAACCUGUCUCACCACUGUGGUUUGAAAUGUGGAAAUGUGGAACCAACAUGAUUAAAAGUAACCUAUUUUACACAAAAAAUCAAUUGCUGCAAGGUAUGCUACACAGUACUAUUAUGCCCUG